AGCACAGGACACGAGCCGUAUCCUGCAGAAUUAAACACAUUACUCUUAUAACAUAUGUAGGAGUCUUAGGCCACAGCAAGAGGGGCGAGUCAGGAUCAUGAGCUGACACCGGAGACGACCACUGCACCUGCGCAGACCACAAACAUGAACCAGCUUGUUGUCAACAGUGACUGGAGGCUACAACUCUGAUGAAACUAUCUGGUCGAUGGUCUCUGCGGAACUGUGCACCAGGUGUUUCCGAGCAGAAGUGAAGUAGGAACCGAAACAGAUGGCGGGUAGGGGCAGGCUGGUGCCCUGUGCGUGUCUGGGGCUGUUUGGUGUCCUGUGCUGGGUCUGGGUCUCCUUUGCCUCCUUUCCAGAUGACCAACUUCCCCUGGAGGCCCUGGAUGCAGUGGACCGAGGAGCCUUUCUGCCCCAGAGUGCUCUGUCAGAGAUGGAGUUUGCCUCCAUCAGUUCAUACAGAGGACCUGGCAACAGAGACCGCCGCAGCAACAAGGAGCUGCCCAUCCUCCUCUGGUGGAGCGCAGGACUGUUCCCACAUUUCCCCGGUGACACCGAGCGCAUCGACUGUGCCACAUCCUCCUGCCUGGUCACAAGCAAUCGCAAGGUGCAGCUGUACAAGCGGACAGCAUCCAUCAUCUUUUAUGGAACAGACUUUCGGGCAUAUGAGGCUCCGCUCCCUCGUCUCCGCCACCAGACCUGGGCACUGUUCCAUGAAGAGUCACCCAUGAAUAACUACAUCCUCUCCCAUGGACCGGGAAUCAGGCUGUUCAACUACACAGCCACGUUUCGCAGGGAGUCAGACUAUCCCCUGACCCUGCAGUGGCUGCCCUCUCUGGAUUACUUGCUGAGGCCUGUGGGCGUGUCCCUGGAGGAGAAGAACCGGCUCAGGAGAGAGGGCCUGGCUCCUGUGCUGUACAUGCAGUCUCACUGUGAUGUGCCGUCGGACAGAAACAGAUAUGUCCAGGAGCUCAUGAAGUACAUUCAGGUGGACUCUUACGGGAAAUGCUUGAACAACAAACCUCUACCUGAACAUCUGGAGGACACAUCCACAGCCACCGGAGAAGAGGCCAACUUUAUGAAUUUUGUUGCCCGCUACAAGUUUCACCUGGCACUGGAGAAUGGCCUGUGUCCAGAUUACAUGACAGAGAAGCUGUGGCGGCCUCUCCAUCAGGGCUGCGUUCCCGUCUAUCGAGGCUCCUCUGUGGUCGCAGACUGGAUGCCCAACGACCACUCUGUAAUCAUCAUAGAUAACUUCCCCUCACCGAAAGCUCUAGGCGAGUUCCUCAAACGCCUCGAUGAGAACGAUGAUGAAUAUGCAAAAUAUUUAGAGUUCAAGAACCCCACGCGCAUCACUAACGCUCGUUUGCUGGCGGCCCUGGAGACGCGCGAGUGGGGGGUUAAUGACAUGAGUAAACCCAACUACCUGAAUGGAUUUGAAUGUUACGUGUGUGACCGGGAGAAUGCACGACUGGCAGCAGAACGUGCACACAGGAAAGCCCCUGCAAAGAACCCCCCUCCUCAGCCUAGAAUGGCCAACAACUUUCACAUGGGGUGCCCCCUGCCCAGCCCGGGGUACGGAGAUGUCCAAGACGUACCAGCAGAUGAUGGAUGGUUACAAAUAUGGCCUCAGGAUUACUGGCAGAGCCUGGACCAAGCAGAGGGGCUGGAGUCUCUGAUAAGACAUAACGAGUCAGACCCUUCACUGCUGUGGAAGCACAUCCAAAACAUUGCUGUGAGCAGAGCCAGAGGAAAACACUGACACAGGCCUUGAAACAAACAGAGGAUGGAGCACAUCCAGGAUUACAGAGGUGUCCCACAUUAUGCAUCCCCUCUGUUUAAACGAGGGAAUGAAGCAGAAAUUAGUAAUAUUUUUUGCACCUGAGCCAAACCUCCUUUUACCCAUAUGAGCAGUAUAGUUAUCCUAUAACAGAGUUUGAUAUUGUAUUCAGCUGACAUGAUACUUUUGUCCUUUAUCCCAGGUUCACUAAUGGGAAAAUAAUGUUUUAGAGUGCUAUAUGCUAAUAUUUUCAAGUUGCUUUAUUACUCUAACCGAGGUGCCAUCAUUGCCCUUACUCUGCCUUGCAUUGUUAACAUUAACUGCGUGCGGUGCAGUUGUUCCACCGAGGCACAUUCUCAUGGGAGGCAGCUUUUCAUUGGACUGGGGCAGAGCCAAAGACUUGUCCUCUGCACCAAGAGAGCUCUGCCUAACUGUGUGUGAAGACCAUCAAGGCACUAGCCAAUGAUCUGCAUUAGCUCCUUUACAGUCGCUCAGCAGGUAGCCGAUGGUUAUUAGCUGAAGUCACAUUUAUGUACACAGCUAUUUUUAAGUGACUAUGCAAGGAAAAUAUUAUUUCACUGAGGAGCAGGAGGAAGGCAAAUGUUAAGUUAAGUACAACUCCCCUGUGGGAAAUCACUACUGUAUUUGCAAGGUAGUCCUCAGGAACAGCUCAUCUAAUGAAUCUCUGUGGCAGAUACUUCACCCUAACUGUUGUCUGUUACAUGAUGCUAAGAUCAUGGUUAUGUGCAAUAAUUUUUUUAAUCAUGCUUUUCUUAAACAAGUAACCGCUCGAGACUCCAUGACAGUAUUGUGUGUCUACUUGUGCACACUCCUUGCAUCUCAUAUUUAUACCAGGAUUAUCUAGAUCAUUUUAUUUUUUUAACAAAGCAUCAUACAUGUGAACACACUAUUUUGUAACAAGAAGAGCAAAAAGAAGUUAACAUUUUGUAAUAAAGUCAUUUUCCUGUUAAAGUA